GGAGCGGUGUUAAUGGGACAAAGACCAGAGAUUAUAGUUGAACGAGUUGCCCGCUACACUUACGGUGUUAGUUAUGCUAGAAAACCAUUCUACGAAGGGGAAGAUCCGGAAGAACUAAGAGCGACACGUAACGGAGAGGAAUAUUGUGAUGAUGUAUUUGAGAAGUUGGUUGAAAUAGGACAACCAAUCAGAAUAACUGACGUGUUUACUGUCAACAGAACAAGUUACCUACAAUCACCUAGGAGCAAACAGAGGAGGCUGUAUACAAAAUUGUAUGCUUCCAUCGAGACCAACCCGGAAUAUUGUAAUGAUGACAAUUUCUGUGUUAAGAUAGGGGAAAUUAUUCGUCAUCCACCGGAAGAGGGAUGGCCAGACGUUAUGCGAUCAAAAAUUGAAAUAAAAUUUGGUGAGACAGAAAUGAAAGUUCGUAUAUUUGAGAAGCAAAGUGGUGUAGAAUAUAAUGCAAGGGUGGAUUCUUUAUAA